AUGAUCUCAGCCCUAUCGCGUGCAAAAGACACAUGCGCGAAGCACUUUGUCCGUCUUCAGCAAGCAUUAGUAGUGCAAGGAUCGUAUCCUACUGAACUUCUUCAAGCUUGGGAUACAUUCAAAGAGGAAAACGCGAAUCGCAGUGAAAAUGUCCGGCCGGACGUUUUAUCGUCGACUCAAUUGUAUGUGCUCAUUGUGAUGGAUGAUGCAGGCAAAGAUCUUGAAUGUACACCUAUCGCCAGUUGGAUGGAACGAGCCGCUGCAUUCUGGCAAGUUGCAUGUGCUGUAGCUGUUGCAGAACGAGCAACGGCAUUUGAGCACCGUGAUUUGCACCUUGGGAACAUUCUUGUGCAACGUGUAGACAAACAAGAAAACUUGGAUCAAAUUGAAGUGUAUCAUCGAGAGCAAUUGGAAAAGAACACAAUGAAACAGGUGAGACAUAUGACACAUAUUGAUCAAAUUUUGACCAUGUACGAGCCACGUCGCACGGGUAUCCAUGCGACCAUUAUUGACUACUCCCUUUCACGUAUGGAAUUGGGAAAAAAAAUAAUUGCAUACGAUUUUUCCGAUGAGUCGCUAUUUUCGGGUCAGGGUGACACGCAAUAUGAUGUAUAUCGAAAGAUGCGGAGCCUUGUCGCGGACCAGUGGACCGCACAUGUUCCUAUGACAAAUGUAUUGUGGCUUCAGUUCGUCUUGCAACGUCUAUUGGCUUCAAAUGCACCACCUCGAGAAGAAACAGAACAUGAAUCGGAAACUAAGGCGUACGACUUACUUGUUCAUGCAGAGCAACUGGCACACGAGGCCCUUGAGAACGAACGUCGGCAGCAGUUGCCCCAACGACGAAUGUCAACACGGUCGAAGCGGCGAUCUACUCAGCGCGCAAGAGAUGCGUUGCAAUCUACACCGGAUAAAAUGGUGCCGACAUUUGCGCCUCCGCCGCGUAUCACAUCGGCAUGGACGUGGAUCGAGGCAGUGGUGGCUGCUGCAUUCGAGGAGGAUGUGGAGGACUUGAACGCUUAG